AAUCACCUGCUGCUGAGGCAACGAUGCAGGAGACAGAACUGAAGGAAGUGAGUGAAAGAGUGGAUUCAGAAAAAGAAGAGAGUGAAAAGGAAGUCAUCCUACCUAUCCCAAACCCCGCCCAAAGGCUUCCCAGACCCCUGCAAAACCGGGAGGAGGAGACUGACGACCACUGGGACAUGGCAGCAGAGUAUAGGGGACUACGGAGAGACGAGGAGCAGGGGGGAGACGAUAAAAACGUUGAUGCGAAGGAGGACGAAGAAGAGGAAGAAGAAGAAGAAGAAGAAGAAGUAUGGUCCAUUUCCUUUAAGAGGCCUUUACCUGGCGUUGCGGUGGUGGAGCCCAUGUCGCAGGGAGAGCCCUUCUCCUUCCUCACCCGCACGCCGUCUGCAGAGCAGCUGGGCGAUGAUGAUGAGUCCGAGUCUGGAGGCAGCCAAUCAGAGGGCAGCGUGUCUGCCGCCAGCAUCUCAGGUCUUUCUCUGGCCGCCGCAGGGGCGGGCUACCGGAGGGCCGUGGCCCCGCCAGGCCCGUGGCUCACGCCCAGCGGGCACAGGCCGGCCCAGUACGCCCAGGAAACGUACAGUAGGAGGUGAGCAGAGCAGAGGGGAGGAAGCAGAAGCAGAAGCAGCGCCGUCUCUUGUCUUUUCAUCGGAAACCAAGUCCGCAUCAGCCGAGUGAUUCUGUUUCACACUGUUAGACCACUACUGGCUUUUUUCUGCAGCGAACCACACUACCAACGUUUUUCUCUCUGAGUCACUUUGAUAUCAACGGUAGAAGUCAUAUUCUUUGUGCCUUUUGCAGCUGAUCUCUGACUGAUGUUAAAUUCCUUUUUUUAACUUAUACCUGAGAUCUCUACCAGUAUUGUCCUUCAAAGUUACUUUUUUCUGUCACUGAGCUGCACUUUUCACUUUCAGUAUUUUGCUUUUUCACCUUGUUUUUUUCUCGACCUGCUUCCUGUUUUUCACUCGCACAUCAGCUUCUCCGCAGCGAUUCCCGACUGUUUUAGCCGAGCGUCCUCUCUCUUAAGUAGCGCCUACGACUCAGAGACUUGUACCUCGUAUCUACACCGAGCAAUAAUAAUGCAACUCUCCAAGACUGUCAGCCAUCCAUCUCCACUGCACUGCUGAGUCAGCGGAACAUGUUUGUACAGUUUGUCUUACGAUCUGUGGGUACUUGCCUCAAGUUGUAACGUUGUUCCGUAUAACCAGAUAUUUGAUUGUGAUAAUCCAAAUCCCUUUGGGAAGCAGGUGUGAAAUCUAUAUCCUGUAAUUAUUUGUAGAGAGAUAAGUAACAGAGUGUAUUGUAAAUACUACAUCUAUUGAAUCCCUGAUUUGUAUACGUGUAAUGUAAUAUAAUAUAUCAUAAGUCUAAAUAUAUGAAUAUAUGGAGUAUAACUAUAUAUUACAAAGAAAAGGUAACCAUUCAUGUUAUUUAUUAUUGUGUGAUGACAAGUAACGUGAAAACUGGUACCCAGCUUUUGUGAAAGUUUCAAAUGUAAACAGAGACCGCAAACCCCAUUUCCAGAGAAGUUUUUAAAGUUACUAAAAAUUCAUCCAAAAAUCUUUAUUCAUUAUUUUUUUUAACUUUCAAAAGACACAAGCAUAAAAGAAAUAAUUUCCAGUGUCUUUGUGAUCAACUGACUAUAUUAUAUACUAUAUAUUAUAUACUAUAAUAUUUAACAAAUCCAGAAUUUUAUGCCAGCAAUAGACUUCAAAACAGUGACUGACAAGUUUAUUGAGUAUAUAAAUACAGCAUUGUGGGAGGUUUUACAACCAUCAAAUCUUUACAGCGGAGGAUGUCAUGAUCAGGUAUUAGAUAAAAACAAAAAAAACUACCAUAUUUUCUGGACUAUAAGCCGCACCUGCAUAUAAGCCGCAUCCGCUCUAUUUUUUAAAAAAUAAUUAAAAAAAGAUAUACAAGCCGCACCCGCUCUAUUUAAAAAAAAAGAUAUGCAAGCUGCAGAUAUUUAUGUUGUUAGAUUAGAUAUUUACUACAUGUACAGAAGGAUUUUGAACUGUAAAUUUAACACGGCAGCAACUUUGCUGAUUAAAACGGGACAGAACCAAGAGAAAAUAACCGCUAUUAAUUUAUCUGUUUGAAAUCUGCUUCUACCUACUUCUAUCUGCUAAAGAAGAAGUAGCGUAUUCUUCUUUGCAUUUAUUUUGUCUUAGUUUUGAUUCUAAUUCCGGUUAGAGUGCUCCGAGCGGUGGAAGAAAAAUCCACCUUUGUAUAAGCUGCAUGGGUCAAAACCUAUGAAAAAAGUAGCGGCUUAUAGUCCAGAAAAUAUGGUAUUCACCAUCGCAUCACUCCCUCCAAGCAAGGGCAGGUUGUGGCUCACCACUUUGUGUUAACGUCAGUCACAGAAUCAUUCAUUCAUUCAAAACUGCAGAGAGCAUGAUCUUUCUGCAGCUACCAACCCAUAAUAUUGUGGAAAGAUCUCAGUGCUGAAAGGCCAAUACCAGAAACCAGUCAAGGAUAAAUGUGACCUUCAAGUGGUCAUGCAGUACUGCAUCCCAAGCCCUAAUCCCUCCAUGACCAGUAUAGUUACAAUUCCUUGGAAAGCCACUGUUACCCCACACAGCAACACCUCUGCACCCCGCAUUGUUACCCCAGACGGUUUCACUGCGGAGGGAUUCAUACUGACAGCAGAAGAUGAAAACAAACACCAUUUCAUUUGUACUUGUGUCUGUUGCAUAAAGGGACAAACCAAUUAAUGCUUGACUUCAGAAACACGUCCUAACUUUUCUGGAACUGGAUCUUGCAGUGUAGUACCUGUCAUAAAUGAAUGUUUUGUAAAAUGCUGCUUGGGUGUGGUUCGGAUGCUCUUAUCUUUGUUGUACCCUACUACAGAAAUCAGCAAAAGAUGCCAAAAAAUAUGCCUCCAGUGUGCAUAUUUACAGUACUGUUACUGUUGUGUAUGUGAGGUCAGAACAAAACCACUAUCUCAACUCUAGAGAGUGCUGUGCCCAUCGUGCCACGUACAGUUGCCUUGGUAACAAACCAGUUUAUCCUAACCACUGAAUUUUCUUACUGUGAAAACCUUUGCCUAAGGUGUCUGAUAUAGUAUAGAUGGGUGGGCUAUUUAAUGAUUUCAGUCAUGCCAAAAAAAGGCCCUUACUUUAAAUCAGCAAAAGGAAAAUCAGAAGAAUCUGAUGGUGAAAUAGCACAUAAUUUUCUUUUGCUCAGUGUUAAAAAUAAACGAUAAUAAGUCAAGCUAUGGACAAACUAAUAGGAAUUAAGCUGAACGGAUACUGUGAGAUGUUAUUUUUCUAUGAAAUUAUCUUUUUUGAAAUACUCAGGUUUUCAGAUACUUUGCUCUAGACAAGCCAUUAGGAGAAGAAGCUACAAUACGCACUGAUUUCACACCAUUUUCAUGUCAGAGCGGGUUCGUAUCAUUUAAAAGUCAAAGCAAUAUUAUGUUGAUUCUUCGCCGCGGCAUUAUGAGAUGCAGACUGUUAUUACGAGUCGUUCCUUCAGCAACAAAAACCGUGGAACUAAAUCCAACUGCUUUGUGUGCCCAAUCCAUUUGUUUGCACCUCUGUGCUGCCCAGAACAGCAGCGCGGUGACCAAACAACCAUGCUGUAUCCUCCAACCAAUGAUGACCACACGGUGUAGCAUGGUAGGCUAUAUAUGAGAGUUAUUUUAUAAAGUUUGCUAAUAUUCUUUUACAUUUUGAUUUCUUAAAAAGGGGAUUGUUGGGCUGGACUGUAAGUGCAAAUAAAGUG